AUGAGUGGAAAAAUUGCUAGUGAAACUAUUCGUCGUGCAAUUGCCGAAAUUCUUGAGGGCUCAAAAGCCAAACCAAGAAAGUUUGUUGAGACCGUUGAAUUGCAAAUUGGAUUGAAGGAUUAUGAUACGCAAAGAGACAAGCGUUUCGCUGGUACAGUGCGUUUACCAAAUGUUCCAAGGCCAAAUGCCCGUGUCUGUGUAAUGGGAGAUGCUGCUGAUUGUGAAAAAGCACAGAAAUUGGGCUUUGAUGUGAUGGAUAUCGAGGAGAUGAAGAAGAUUAACAAAAACAAGAAGGUUGUUAAGAAACUGUGCAAGAAGUACGAUUUAUUUUUGGCAUCUCAGGUAUUACUACCACAAAUACCACGUCUAUUAGGCCCAGGACUAAAUAAGGCAGGUAAAUUCCCGACUGUUAUCACUCCAAACGAUAAGAUUGAUGAGAAGGCGAAUGAAUUGAAGGCUAGUAUCAAGUUCCAAUUAAAAAAAGUGCUGUGUCUUGGUGUGGCGAUUGGUAAUGUUAAUAUGACAGAGGAAGAAAUUAGGCAGAAUUUGACUUUGGCAAUUAAUUUCUUAGUCUCACUAUUGAAAAAGAAUUGGCACAACAUUAAGAGUCUAACAGUGAAGAGUACAAUGGGAAAGUCCAUAAGAAUUUACGGAUAA